AUGAAUAUGUUGGAUGAUGAAGAUGACCAAAGCUUUCACGCUACGCGUGACGGCUACUCCCAUUUGAGCGAUGUCGAAUGGGAUGCGGUUGAACGAAUGGGUUCGACCAUGGGCAUCCAUGCUGUUAGCGUCAUGCUAGAGGCUCUCAAUAGAGAUGCCCAACAUGCUACUAUCGCCAAGUUCAUUCAAAAUGAACUUGACGCAGAACGCGAGAAAGUAGCCUUGCUUCACCAACAAGGUUCUCAACAAGCAGAGUUGUUGAGAGAACAGGGUGCUCAACAGUUUGAACUGUUGAGACAGCAGCAGGCUGCUGCUGGCGGGUCGAUGCAUUCGCGUCGACCCGAGACCUUGAAGAUUGACAUCUCCAAGUAUAGGGGAGUCGAAGAGGACUCCCUCUUGAGAUGGCUCGUCUAA